AUGAAAGUUCAAUCAUCAUCCAAUGAUUAGGUCCGUCCAUAUAAUAAAGUCCCAAAAUUGAAAUAAGAAUAGCUUAUAAAUCUUGUUUAUAAAGAAGAAUGGAAAAUUAAUUAGGUUUGUAUUUUCAAUUAAAUAUAUAUUAUAGGCAGCUGAUUUGCUGAAUAUAAACUAUGCGACAGCCAAAAAUAUAGUUUAGAAGUUCAAGAAAACUCACAUCUUAGGAAAAAAAGUCAAAUCCCCUGAAUCCAAGAGAUGUCAUUAUAAAUUAAUCGGUGAAUCUAAGUCAUAAUUAUAUACAGUAAAUACAAAAUGGGGAUUAGUAUCCGAUUGUCUAAUCGAAUAAUUCUAAAAGCCUUGA